GAUCAGUCAUACCAUAGGGCGUUGAGCGACAUACGCGACCAAGCCAUCAUCUCGGUGCUGGUGGAGCCAAGUUUCUAUGGGCGGCAUUGCAUAACAUCCGUCAUGGUUAUUGCCACCGCGAAUAAUACGUAUGUGUUUGAUCUGAAAGCGCUGGGAGUCAUUUUCCGGGAACUAUCUGUGCUGCUGGAGGCGGAGUAUCCUAGAAAGAUAAUGCACUACAGCCAUCGAAUAUGUGAUUUGCUGUUCCAUCAGCACAAGCUAAGAAUAAAUGGAAUUUGCGACACGUUCGUCGCGUUGUGCGUAGCUCGACAGGAUCGUUGUAAUUGCACGUUGCAGGACGCCAUUUCGUUAAUUUUCGAGCUACCGCUGUCCGAGCUGACCUGCGACGAGAUAACUAGUGCCAGCGAAUCGCUGCGUAACUUCACCGCACGCCCUUUAUCCAGAGGUCAGAUCCAAUACCUGGGAAAACUUGCCAUAUUACAACAUAAGUUACACGAUACGCUUAUCUACGGAAAUAUUUGUAGCGAUUUGCAACAAAUGUCGGAAAAAUUCAGCUGCGAGUUUAACAAGCAAAAGAAAUCGGACGAGGUGGCACUGAACAUGAGACCUGGUAGCAAAACUGGCUUCGAAUGCAUAGAUCCAUACUACAAAAUAUCAACAUCAGUGGACUAACUGCAAUUCCUUAAUAUUAAUGUUGAAAUGAAACGCGCAUGCUGAACACAUUCCUUACGUCUCCUUUUUGCAUUUUCAAUUCCCUUACAAUCUUAUACAUUGUACUCCAUUUCUUUGUUGUAUCGUUGCAUUCUGGUGCAUUCGACAUCGUAAUACUCUGCUCUCAAUGUAGAUUUCUUUAAUUAUUGUUUUAAUGGCUUUCCGACUGCAACACAAAACAGUUACUUUAAAGCUUUCAAAA